AUGGCGAAACAUGGACAAACAGCAAGAAGGAGAGGUGGUGGAGAUGUUAAAGCAGGGGUGGUGAUUGGCUGUGAACUCCCUGUGAUCUCCAGAGACCAGGUUCUGAGAAUAAGGGCGGAGGACGAGGCUCAGCUCGCUCUGCUCCAGGACCUGAGCGAGAUGGACUGGCUACAGCUGGACCUCUGGAAGGAGCCCACCCACCCUUCCCUCCCUGUGGACAUCCAUGUCCCCUUCCACAACCUUCAGGACGUCAAGGCCUACCUGCUGUUCAACGAGAUCCUGUACACCAUCAUGAUCGAGGACCUGCAGGCCGUUCUGGACCAGGAGCAGCGGGAGAUGCAGAGCGCCCGUUCGGCCCCGCCGAGGAACACCGACGCCUACGACUACGCCAACUACCACACCCUGAGCGAGAUCUACAGCUUCAUGGACAUGCUGGUGGCGGAGAACCCGACCCUGGUGAGCAAGAUCCAGAUCGGCGCCAGCUACGAGCAGCGCCCGCUGAACGUGCUCAAGUUCAGCACCGGACCCAACCGUCCCGCAGUGUGGCUUGACACCGGGAUCCACUCCAGGGAGUGGGUCACCCAGGCGAGCGGCACCUGGUUCGCCAAGAAGAUCGUGACGGACUACGGCCGCGACCCCGCCCUCACCGACAUCCUCAAUAGGAUGGACAUCUUCCUGGAGAUCGUGACCAACCCCGACGGCUACGCGUACACCCACACCCAGAACCGCAUGUGGCGUAAGACCAGGAAGCCAAACCCCGGAACAACCUGCGUGGGCGUCGACCCCAACAGGAACUGGGACGCUGGUUUCGGAGGUGCCGGCGCCAGUGGCUACGCCUGCAGCGAGACCUACCGCGGGCCCCGGGCUCACUCCGAGUCGGAGGUCAGCUCCAUCGUGGACUUCGUGCGUUCCCACGGCAACAUCAAGGCCUUCGUCUCCAUCCACAGCUACUCGCAGAUGCUGCUGUACCCCUACGGCUACACCCGCCAGCCCGUUCCAGAGCAGCCCGAGCUGCAUGCACUAGCCAAGAAGGCCAUCACUGAGCUGGCCUCUCUGUACGGAACCAGAUACACCUACGGCAGCAUUAUCGACACCAUCUACCAAGCGAGCGGCGGCACCAUCGACUGGACCUACAACCAAGGCAUCAAGUACUCCUACACCUUCGAGCUGAGGGACACCGGUCGCUACGGCUUCGUCCUGCCGGCCGAUCAGAUCAUCCCCACCGCCCAGGAGACCUGGCUGGCCCUGAUGGUCAUCAUGGAGCACGCCAAGGACAACAUGUACUGAGAGGUCGAGCGGAGGGCAAGGACAGCCCCGAAACGUGGCUGUCCGCUCGCACGGUUCAGUUUAGACUAGGUACACCUUCUCUCAAAGAAAAAC